AGUCUCUCGAAGAGCGUCGGCGCGUUGAGGAGUGUAUAACACUUCACUACCAUCGCUCCCAUUAAUCACACCACCUUUUUCUAUUGCCUCAUUUUUGCCUAACCACAAGACAGCUUCUCUUCAAUGGUUUCGGUAGACAACAGUCCCAAAGUUUCGAGUGAGUGACCUAAGUACGUGUACUGAUAACACAUUAUUCGUGGAAGUGAAUUUGUGUACUUAAUUGUAAUAAUUUACGCUUGUGGGUGAACACAAAAAAAAAAUUCCCAAAUCAUGGGAUACGACGAUGUUUUGCCGCAUUUGGGCUCAUUUGGGCCCUAUCAGCGUCGAAUAUUCUUCCUCGUGUGCUUACCGGCAAUUUCGUGUGCCUUUCACAAGCUCGCGGGGGUGUUCCUACUGGCCAAGCCGGAUCACAGAUGUCUCUUGCCAUUUGAGGCGGACAAUGCUACAUUUGUAUCCGACCCGGACUUUCCCCCGAACAUGACAUACCCGUGGGAUGCCGUGAACAGCAAGUGGAGCACUUGUGAACGCCUUCAGGCUAAUUUCACAUCGCAGUACUUUCAGGCCGGUAUUCCGGCCAACCACAGUGUGUCCUGCGAAAAGUGGGUUUACGAUGACACAAUGUACGUGAGCAGUACAGUGACUGAAUGGGAUUUGGUGUGUUCAAAAUCCUGGCUCUCAGCCACUUCGGAUGCCCUCUUUAUGGUGGGUGUUCUCCUGGGGAGCAUAAUAUUCGGCCAUAUGUCCGACAAAUUGGGCAGGAAGCCAAUAUUUUUUGCCUCACUCGUGAUCCAAGUGAUCUUUGGAGUCUUGGCAGGAAUAGCUCCUGAAUACCUCACAUACACAAUAUCCCGGAUAGUUGUGGGAGCCACGACAUCUGGAGUGUUUCUGGUAGCCUAUGUGCUGGCCAUGGAGAUGGUGGGACCAUCCUGGCGCCUUUUUGCUGGGACUAUCAUGAUGAUGUUCUUCUCUGUUGGCUAUAUGCUAACAGCGGCUUUUGCUUACUUCUUUCCCGGCUGGAGAGCCUUGCAGAUUGCACUGACACUUCCUGGUUUGCUAUUCCUCUGCUACUGGUGGUUUAUUCCAGAGUCAGCGAGGUGGUUGCUGUCCAAGAGACGGAAGGAAGAUGCAAUAGCCAAUAUUCAGAAGGCUGCUGCUGAGAACAAAGUAACCAUUCCCACUGAAGUUCUGGACAAUCUCAUUGAGCCUGAGACCAAAGAAGACAUCGACAAACCUGCUCCAUCGCUGUUUGAUCUCUUUAAAUAUCCGAAUUUGAGGAAGAAAUCUUUGUUGAUUUUCUUCGAUUGGUUCGUAAACAGUGGAACGUAUUAUGGCUUAUCGUGGAAUACGAACAAUCUUGGAGGGAAUAUUUUGCUAAAUUUUGUCAUUUCCGGAGCUGUAGAAAUUCCCGCUUAUACAUUCCUCCUGCUGACACUCAAUCGCUGGGGCAGGAAAACUAUUCUUUGUGGGUGUAUGUUGAUGGCUGGAACAAUGCUUCUGCUCACAAUGGCUGUUCCUGAAGAUAAAAAUUGGCUCAUCAUCCUUCUGGCCAUGCUCGGGAAAUUGGCCAUAACUGCGAGUUAUGGGACAAUUUAUAUCUUCUCAGCUGAACAAUUCCCAACGGUCAUUAGGAAUGUGGGAUUGGGAGCAGCUUCAAUGGUUGCUCGUUUUGGUGGAAUUCUGGCACCGUACAUCAAUUUUCUGGGGGACAUCUGGAAGCCAUUCCCAAUGAUCAUUUUCGGUGCUAUGGCUUUUGCUGGAGGCUUGCUGUCGCUCUUCCUGCCUGAGACUCUCAAUCAAACCCUACCGGACACUGUAGCCGAGGGAGAGAGGUUUGGGUUGAAGAAGAACAAGGAUCUGGAUAUGGGCAAUUCGGAGGAGAUGGUGGAACUCAAGCACCACACAAAUGGGGAUGUUAGAAAGUCUGAAGAAGCGUAGAAUGAUUUCACACCUGUUUCACGAUAGCAUUUUCUCUGUUGCCGACGAUUAAUUCUCACAUGUUAUCUCUCGGGGACUAUCGUUCAAUUUCUGCCAAAGUCUCAAGAAUGAGAACUUUGGCACAUUUUUACAGCAAUACUUUCUCAGUCUUCCCAAAGACAUUUGAGUGACGUGGCCAGAUGUGGCGUCAUCGUUUGCAUGAUUCUCGUGCACGCGCACAUUUUCAACAUAUUUCCUCACCGUCUCUCUCUAUUUUUUGCAAGGGGUGUCUCAUACAAGGAAAUCAGUUACAAUUGUCGAGCUCAGAGGCAAAAUGGCACAUAUCCUGUAGCUAAAGCAUGGGAAUAGGAUAUGUGUCAUUUUGCCUCUGAGUUUCACAAUUCUCGAGUGUUUCGUGAAACCCAGAAAAGCUUUUUGAAGAUUUAGAGCAGCACUAAAAAGCUUUAUAAGGUUUUGGGAAACCCAAUUAACCACAAUAAAGGUCUAGCGCAACCCAAUCCACCUUCGUGUUUUGCGAAACUUCAGAAACCGUUAGGUUUCGCAACACUUGAAAAACGUUUGGAAAAGCAUAGUGAAAUACGAUGAACUUUGUCAGGUUCUGCUAUGUCCUAAAUCUUGAGAUGUUUUACGAAAUUUAAGAAAUCCUGAAAAAGGGUUUAGCGAAACAUAAGAAACCUAAGGUUUCGCAAAACACAAAACACAAAAAGUCCACUGGUUUUGGGGAAGUGGAGAAACCAUUUUGAAAUUUUACAAAGAAACCUUGAAAAAAGCUUCGCGGAAACAAAGAAAAAAGGUUUCGCGAAAUUUGAUAAAACUUUCGGAAAUUUCUGAUAGUUUCGUUGAACUCGAGAAGCUUCAAAAAAAAUCGCGGAACAUGAAAAGUCUACUGGUUUUGUGGAAGCGUAAAAGCCAUCAUGAGAAGAAAUUUUGAAAAAGGUUUCGUGAAAACCAAGAAACAAAGUUUCGCAAAACUUGAUAAAACUUUCAGAACUUUAUGAAAGUUUCGAUAAACUCCAGAAGCUUGCAAAGUGUUUCGCGAAACACAAUAGACCUUGCAGAAGGUUUCGCGAAACACGACACAUGAAACACGAAGAGUCCACUGGUUUUGCGGAAGCGGAGAAGCCAUCGAGGUUUCAAGAACAAAUCUUAAAAUAGGUUUCGUGAAAGCCAAGAAAUGAGGUUUCACAAAAUUUGAUAAAACUUUCAGAACCUUCUGAAGGUUUUGCUAAACUAGAGAAGAUUCAAAAAAAAAAAAAAUCUCGUGGAACACGAAACACGAAGAGUCCACUGGUUUUACGGAAACAGAGAAGCCAUCAUGAGUUUUCAAGGACAAAUCUUAAAAUAGAUUUCGUGAAAACCAAGAAAUGUGGUUUCACAAAAUUUGAGAAAACUUUCAGAACCUUCUGAAAGUUUCGCUAAACUAGAGAAGCUUCAAAAAAGUCUCGCGGAACACGAAACACGAAGAGUCAACUGGUUUUGCGGAAGCGGAGAAGCCAUCAUGAGGUUUCAAGGACAAAUUUUUUAAAUAUGUUUCGUAAAAACCAAGAAACAUGUUUUAGCAAGACUUGAGAAAUUCAGAGCCUUCUGAAAUUUUCGCUAAACCAAAGUAGUUUUGCCUAACAUGGGUAUCCUUCAGAAGGUUCAGAAGAUUUUGAGAAAAUUGUGAUUUUAGCUAAAUCCAAAACAAAAAAAAAAAAAAACUGUGAAAAGAGCUUCUCGAACCUCGAUAACUUUUGAAAAAGUCUCAAUAAAUACUGCGUAAGUUGCGAAAUAUUUCGCGAGAUCUGAAAAGCCUUAAGGUUCCGCAAGAACUGAAAAACUUGUAUAAAGGUACGCGAAACCAGAAAAAACUUCAGAAUGUUUUAUAAAAUCCGAAAAAACUUAAGAUUUUACUGAGUUCAAGAAAUCUUCAGAAGGUUUUUUUUUUAAUUUUUGAUAAGUUUAGACCGUAAUUUGACAGAUAUUAAAGUUUGUUAAGCUUGAAAAAUCUUUAAAAGAGCUUUGCGACAGUCAUGAAACCAUGAAUUGUUAAAGAUUACCUGAAAAGCUUCGUAAAAUCCGUAAACUUUUCAAACCGGGUUUGAGUUGAGAAAAGCAAUAAACUAUCUGAAAGUAUCGCAAAAUUUUAAAAAAAAAAUUGAGAAGGUUUGACAAAAUACGAGAAACAUUUAAAAGGUUAGGUAAAACUUUAGAAAUUCUGAAAACGGUUUCACGAAACUCAGAAAAAAUUGUCAGGAGCUUCGUGUCAACUCAGAAACUUUGAAAUAGUUUCAAUUUCAAGAAAUCCUUAAUGAAUGCUUUGCAAAAUUUAGAAACCUUCAGAAGACCUCGGAAAACCCAAGAAGACUUACAAAGGUUUAGCGAAACCCAAGAAACCUGAAGGCUUUUGAAACUCAAGAAACCAUUAGAAGGUUUAGUUGCUAAACCAUAAAAUCUUAGGUCAAACCCUUAAAAAAUCUUGCGAAACCUGGGAAAUAGUAAGAGAUACCUGAGAUACCUGAAUGAGUGGCCCCUUGAUAGAUAUUUCCCAUACAAAUUAUACGCGAGAGCACGUGGCCGGUGGUGUGACUAAGUUCUUCGAAGUAGUAACGCAUGCGAACUUCUUCAUUCUCAAUAGUUUCCCCAGAUUAAUUCCAUUUCAAUUUCAAAACACUUUCAUUCAUGUCUCUUUGCAGACACUAUAAGAGCACGUAGGGCUAUGAAUUUAUAUUUUCCUUAUUUAUUUAGCAGCUUGAUCUAUUUUUGGUAUACUUGUGCUUUUUUUAUAUAAGUAGACAUUGUACUUCUUGACCAAUCUGUACUUAUAUUGCUACAGAAUGAAAAUGUUGAGAAAUUAUAAGUAUUAGUAGUUAUUUUAAUUAGGGACUCUCAAUUUAGGUCAUCUAUCAUGCGUUUUUUAUCCCAAAUCGUGGACUUGAGUCCACUACAUAUUUUGUACUUAUAAGAAUCUUAAGCGUAAUCAUGUACUUGAAGGUCAAAAUGACACUCUUAUCGCUGUAAAUUUUUGGAAAUGUAAAAUCCACUGCAUUUAAAUUAAUGUGGAUUCCUCUUUUUUUUUGUAAUAAAUCUAUUUGUAUGGA